GUCAGUCCCCGGGGCCCGCCCGGCCGGGCGCGCAGGGUUAGGCCCCCAGUCCCCACCGUGCCGGCUGGGGUGCGGCCGGGGAAGCGCGAGGCGCGCAGAGCCCCCCGGCCCGAGCUCGGAGCGCGGCGCGGGGAGGUGGCGGCGGCUGCUCGGCCCCCGCCGGCGCCCACUUCCUCCCGCAGCCCCAGCCGCGCCGACAGGCUCCGGGAUCCCAGGCGCCACGCCCUGAGCUCGAGCCGCUGCCCCUCAGGAUGGCCGCGCCCGCCAGCCCUCCCACCUUCAGGCUCGAGACCUCGGACCGAGGCCAGGACGAUGGCGCCGAGGCCGACAAAGGACAGCUGGGCCGCGGCGACGGGCCGCCCCCCAUGGAGUCUCCGUUCCAGGGCGAGGACCGGAACUUUCCCCCCCAGAUCAAAGUGAACCUCAACUACCGAAAGGAAGCAGGUGCCAGCCAGCCGGACCCAGCCCGCUUCGACCGUGACCGGCUCUUCGGCGUGGUCUCCCGCGGUGUCCCCGAGGAGCUGGCGGGGCUGGCUGAGUACCUGUGCCGGACCAGCAAAUACCUCACCGACUCGGAGUACACAGAGGGCUCCACGGGGAAGACGUGCCUCAUGAAGGCCGUGCUCAACCUCCGGGACGGCGCCAACGCCUGCAUCCUGCCGCUGCUGCAGAUAGACCGGGACUCCGGCAACCCCCGGCCGCUGGUCAACGCCCAGUGCACGGAUGAGUACUACCGAGGCCACAGCGCCCUGCACAUCGCCAUCGAGAAGAGGAGCCUGCCCUGCGUGAAGCUGCUGGUGGAGAACGGGGCCGACGUGCACGCGCGGGCCUGCGGCCAGUUCUUCCGGAGGGGGAGCCAGGGGGCUUGCUUCUAUUUCGGUGAGCUGCCCCUGUCUCUGGCCGCGUGCACCAAGCAGUGGGAGGUGGUGACCUACCUCCUGGAGAACCCACACCGGCCUGCCAGCCUGCAGGCCGCCGACUCUCUGGGCAACACGGCCUUGCACGCCCUGGUGAUGAUCGCGGACAACUCUCCCGAGAACAGCGCGCUGGUGACCCGCAUGUACGAUGGGCUUCUGCGGGCCGGGGCCUACCUCUGCCCCUCCGUGCAGCUCGAGGACAUCCCCAACCUGGAGGGGCUCACGCCGCUGAAGCUGGCUGCCAAGGAGGGCAAGAUCGAGAUUUUCCGGCACAUCCUGCAGCGGGAGUUCUCCGGGCGGUGCCAGCCCCUCUCCCGCAAGUUCACCGAGUGGUGCUACGGGCCCGUCCGGGUGUCGCUGUACGACCUGGCUUCUGUGGACAGCUGGGAGGAGAACUCGGUGCUGGAGAUCAUCGCCUUCCACUGCAGGAGCCCGCACCGACACCGAAUGGUGGUUCUGGAGCCGCUGAACAAACUGCUGCAGGCGAAGUGGGAGCAGCUCACCCCGAGGUUCUACUUCAAUUUCCUGUGCUACGUGGUGUACAUGAGCAUCUUCACUGCCGUCGCUUACCACCAGCCUGCCCUGGCAAAGGUUGACAGUCCCCUGAAAGGCAUAACCGGAAACCCCUUGCUGCUGUCAGGCCACAUCCUGAUCCUGCUUGGGGGGUUGUACCUCUUCACCGGCCAGCUCUGGUACUUCUGGCGUCGCCGCCUGUUCAUCUGGAGCUCGUUCAUGGACAGCUACUUCGAGAUCCUCUUCCUGAUCCAGGCCGUGCUCACGCUGCUCUCCCAGGGGCUGUGCUUCCUGGAUGUCGUGUGGUACCUGCCGCUGCUCGUGGCCUCGCUGGUGCUGGGCUGGCUGAACGUGCUGUACUACACACGUGGCUUCCAGCACACGGGCAUCUACAGCGUCAUGAUCCAGAAGGUCAUCCUGCGGGACCUGCUCCGCUUCCUCCUGGUAUACUUCGUCUUCCUUUUCGGCUUCGCUGUAGCCCUGGUGAGCCUGAGCCGGGAGGCCCGGGACCCCAGGACCCCGACUGCCCACAACGCCACGGAGGCCAGGGCCGGGCAGGGGCCCGAGGAGGACGGCUCGGCCCCGUACGGGAGCAUCGUGGACGCCUCCCUGGAGCUCUUCAAGUUCACCAUCGGCAUGGGCGAGCUGGCCUUCCAGGAGCAGCUGCGCUUUCGCGGGGUGGUGCUGCUCCUGCUGCUGGCCUACGUGCUGCUCACCUACAUCCUCCUGCUCAACAUGCUCAUCGCCCUCAUGAGCGAGACCGUCAACAGCGUGGCCACCGACAGCUGGAGCAUCUGGAAGCUGCAGAAAGCCAUCUCUGUCCUGGAGAUGGAGAACGGCUACUGGUGGUGCAGGAGGAAGAAGCAGCGGGCGGGCGUGAUGCUGAAGGUUGGCACCAGGCCGGACGGGAGCCCCGACGAGCGCUGGUGCUUCAGGGUGGAGGAAGUGAACUGGGCCGCGUGGGAGCAGACGCUGCCCACAGUGUGCGAGGAGCCCUCGGGAGCAGGCGUCCCUGGCACCAGGAAGAGCCCCACCCUCGCCCCCCAGCCUGGCAAGGACCACCCAGCCUCCGAGGAAGAUCACCUGCCCCUCCAGCUCCUGGGGCCUCCCUGAACAGCUGGGCUCAGCAGCGAAUAGUUCACAGCCACACUUGACGGCUUUGGGGUUCAAUACAGUUACUUUUGGUGGCAAAUAUAAUUUUUUUCAUGACUAA